AUGAUAGAGCAACACGUGAUCGUGAGCGUUUUGAUGGGUGUGUUUGCGUCUGCAAAGCGAAUGUAUCCAGUCAUUCAGCAAGAUGAUAAGCUUGAAACUGAGGAAGAGAAUGAAGAAAUAGAGGAAAGUGUUACUGAUACAAUGUCCGCUAACCCGAAUGAAAAGGCAACAGAGGACCUUGUUCACAAUCUACCUGGUCUGGAUCCGUCGAAUAACGUAACGCAGCACGCCGGAUUUAUAUCUUUGUACGAUGAUGAUACAAACAGAAUAUUCUACUGGCACAUUCAGACGGAUCAGAACGCGGAUAAGGCACCACUUGUGAUUUGGCUUAAUGGUGGUCCGGGGUGCUCCAGUAUGCAGGGCUUGUUUUUGGGAAUUUCACCAUUUAAAGUGAUGAAAAAUUUGACAAUUGGCACGAAUGAACACAGUUGGCACAAAUUUGCCAACCUUCUCUUUGUAGAUCAGCCAGUGGGUACAGGAAUGUCGUACACAAAAGGAAAUGUCUAUCGAUCGACUGAAGAGGCAGUUGCAAAGGAUUUCUACGAAUUUUUAAUUAAGUUUUUGCAGCGUCACUCAACGUAUUUGUCGGAUGGGGAUGACCAAGUAAAACAUUCAACAGCAAUUUACUUUUUUGGAGAAUCUCAUGCCGGCCGCUGGAUUCCUGAAAUUUCAGAAUAUAUUUUACAACGAAAUGCUGGUCAUGAGAACCAUAUUAAGAUUAAUGUGGACGGUAUUGGUAUUGGCAACGGAUGGGUUCAUCCAAAAAUUCAGUAUGAGUAUAGUGAUUAUGCCCAUGGGAUCGGACUGCUGACUUUUGGUCAGGUAAGGUCUUUAAAAGCAUCAUAUACUGAGUGCUUAACUGCGCUGGAUUCUGGAACGUAUUAUUCAAAGAGCUGUUUCAAAAAUAUGGACGAUAUCUUAAGCAAUGUUCAGGUAGGCAAAGGAGCAAAAAAAUUGAAUUUUUAUGAUGUGCGGCAAUACGUUAAUAACGUCAAUGAUUACCCGUUUGGCAUGGAUACCAUUGUAAAGUAUAUGAAUAAAGCUGACGUACGAAAAGCAUUGCACGGCAACGAAGACAAUAAUUAUCGCUUCAAUAUGUGCAGCAGUGAAGUACACAAAGCUUUGUUGGCGUUCGAUGGCGUUAGCACGCUAGAUAAAUUGUCGUCACUCCUUCAAAAAGGUGUACGAGUGCUUUUUUAUAACGGUCAAUGGGACAUGAUGUGCAAUCACUAUGGAACAGAAAAGCUGUUAUUAAAUCUUGAAUGGAAUGGCUCUGAAGCGUAUCAGCAGGCUCCCAAGUACACGUGGCGAGUACAAGGACACCACAUUCCAGCAGGAUUUGCGCAACAGGGUGGAAAUUUGACCUAUUUGGUAGUCGCUGGCGCCGGUCACGCUGUACCUAUGGAUGUGCCAGAUGUCGCGGCAGACAUGUUAUAUCGAUUUGUCAACAAACUUGCAUUUACUGACAUAGUGCAAGCAAUUGCAAAUACACGUCUGAAUUCGACCGAUCCUGAAUUUUCGUAUUGCAAUCUACCGAUAACGACAUCGGCUACCAACACCAGUUUUAAUCAAAAUAAUGAGGAGAGUAGCGAAGCGCACAUCAGCACCACAUGGUUGUGGGUGCUGCUAGGUAUUUCUGCUGCGAGCAUUAUUUUGGCAGUAUGUGUUACCAUUGUCUGUCUUCGCCGAAGAAGACACCGAAGACUGGAUCACGAAAAAGUCACACAGGUUAGUGAUGAAGAAAAUGUGGAGCAGCUGAAACUCGGUGAACUUGAAGAUGAACCCUCGGAUGGAGAAAGCAAUGGAGAAAUUAUACUGGAGGAAGGUGGAAGCCAGCGAGCAAGAAUCACAAUCGUUGGAGUCUUCAAACUAGCUUUGGAAUUGCAAGCCUUGACUACUACUGUGCGCCUGCAAUAG